AUGGAAGAGAAGAAGGAAGAAGAGGAGCUGGACACUCCAGUGCCGGCAUCGCCGCCGCACCCGCAGCCGGCAUCGCCGCCACCCCGGCAUCGCCGCCUCGCCUCCACCGGCACCGCUGCCGCACCGCACUGCCGGCCUCCCCACGCCGGCACUGCCACCGAUGUCGUGACCACUCAUAAUCUAAACCCUAAUCUGCCACAUAAUCGACGAUUUUGUGAGCCAAUUUCCACUGCAGUUCGUCCUGUUCAUCCUCGAGUUUGGUCCACCGGCACUGCCGGCCGAUUUCCACCGGCACUGCCGGCGCUGGCCUCCAUCUUCCUCACCUUGAUCCGCUGCAGAACCAGCUCUCCUCGCGUCCGCUGCACCACCCUCGUGCCCGCCCACGCCGCCGCCCCGCUUUGCCCACGAGCGCCACGCCCCGCCGCCAUCGCCCAGCAGCCGCCAAGCCGCGUACACGCCACCAGCUCCACCUCGCCAGCACGCCCCCGCGGCCAAGCUCCACGCCACCCUCGCGCCCGCCCCGGCCAACCACAGCCUCGCCCCGCGCGCACGACCCUGUCCCAGCCAUCCCGGGCCGCAUCCACAGCUCGCCCCGCCCUUCACCUCCCUGCUACAUCCACGCACGCAAAGGCCGCCGGCCACCACCUGCUCUCGCUGCCGCCCAACCAGAUCGCGUGUCGCCCCGACCGCCGCUCCCUCCCGCCCCUGGUCCACCUCCGCCGCACGGGCCAAGCCACCGCGCCUCUGCUCCAGCUCGCCUCCAUCAGCGCAAACUUGCUCCAGGCUCGCUCAGCUUCCGCUUGA